AUGGUACCUGAUACGGGAAGAGACCCUUUUCCACCUCAGAGAGGCCAAAAGCGAACACGAAGCCGCCAGGGCACAGCUGAGCCAGGGAGGUCGCGCUCGAAUACCGCAGCGUCGAAAUUUAGUCGGCCACCCAGGUCGCGUGGAUCGACUGCAAGCAUUCAGUCGUGUAGCACACAAUAUAUGCCUGAGCAACAAGUACCUGAGGGAUAUGAACCUUAUAUGCGUUCCCAGUUUGGAUCAUCUCAGCCAGUCUACCAUGGAAACCCAGAGGAGAUGAUAAUGCGAUUUGGCGACCAACUUGCUAAUUCUGAUGCUGGCACUCUGCUUGACCCCGCUCUGCAAGAAAACCAUAACUCGGCUAAACCCCGUAUGGAUGUUCAUUAUCAAAACCCAGAUAUGAGCGUGCACAAUCCCACAGCGCACGGGCUACCUGCGGAUCUAUCGCACCAUGGCAUGACGGGGGAAAUGCAUCCAGUUCAUUAUCCAAAUUUGUUCGACGGGGUAGAGAAUCAAAUCCCCGAUCAUCUCCUAGAAGAGCACGAAGGCUCUGAACAAGGGCCUCGUAAGAAGAGGGGCACAAGUUCGUCAAUUGCGAACGACAAUGAGCUGAGAAGGCUACUGCGGCAGUACGAUGGAUACACUUUGCAUCAAAUGGCCAUGGAAGUCCAGAAGCAUGAAGGGGCUGGUGGUAAGUCGGAAAAGGUUAAGCAAGUAUUUGCCAUGAUUUGGUUGCGGGAGAAUUGCCGCAAAAGUACAGGGUCAGUCCGCAGAGAUCGGGUAUAUUGCUGUUAUGCCGAAAAAUGUGGAACUGAGCGUGUCUCAGUACUGAAUCCGGCAUCAUUUGGCAAGCUGGUCCGGAUCAUAUUUCCUAACGUACAAACUCGACGACUUGGCGUUCGGGGGGAGUCAAAAUACCAUUAUGUGGAUUUAUCAAUUAUCAUAUCAGAGCCAAAACCAGAUGUGAAUUCCACCGAAUCUGGGGACAAAGCGACGGAAACUACCGGCGAAGAUAGCCAGGAGGGCUACACGAAAGAAAAAAGUGUGAACCCUACCCACAGUCCCCUGGAGACAACAUCACGGCUUUUGAAUGAUACUCGUUCAUCACACGCUCCAAGCGGUUCCCUCUCCCAUCAUCACUGUGGAUGCCAUUCGCCUUACACUCCUCAGCCUGGUUCCAUCUCAGACGUUGACUUUUCGGCUAUGACAGCUCAGGAAAAGCUUCAUCUCCUUCUUCAUUUUGGAAUAGAUGAAUCUCCUGCUGUUGAUAAUGAGACCUUGCGCCUCCCAAGCAUUCAUGGCUACUUGCCUCCAGGUUCUGAUUCUGAUGUUGCUGACGCUCUCAUGGCUCUCUACCGAUCUCAUUCCAUAUCGGUGAUUGAUAGUUUCAGAUUCUGCAAAGAGAAGAAUUUCUUCCGCCACAUCUCUGCGUUUCAAGGAACUCUCACUGUUCCUGUCCACAAACUACUAGUUCAUCCCGCCAUUGUGCCGUGGAUAGAAGAGUGCGAUUGGUUGAUGUACCAGAAAAUGGUGGCCUUUAUUGCCCCUUUGACGACCCAAGUCAUACCAGAGCCUGUUGUGAAAGCGUUUACCUCUAUCUCUCGACGCCUUGUUCCACAUAUUGAGGAUACAUUCAAAUCGCAACCCGAACAUGUAUCAUCCGCGCGAAUUGUUCCGGCUCGUCUAUUUUGUCACCUUCUUAGGAGGAUGUUGGAUGUUAACCAGUGUGCAAAUUCUGCUGCUGCCUGGCUCUGCCACAUUGAAAAUCGAACAAAAAUGUGGGAAGAGUUCCAAUCUUUCCUUGAUAUAACGGACAUGGUCUGCAAAGCGAGGAUUCCUCGAUGCUCUCUGAAAGGGGUUGUCGAUAUCUUCAAGGAGCAUGUGAAAUCCUUAUUAGGGCCCCUCGACCAAUCUGGUGCUGAAGUUGAGCUCUACGAUCACGAUUUAGGAUUCCGAAAAUUUACCUACUCAACAACCGAGGGCCGCGAGUAUACAAGCUUUCCGGAUCGCUGGAUUUCAUUCAUUCUACGGCUCCCGGAACUGUUUCCUGGACAUGCUCCCCAAUGCAUCAUUGACAAGGCAGACGCCAUGUGGACAUCUAUUCUUCAUCGAUUCACGCUUGAAGGGGCUGAAAGCUUUAGUGCUUGGUGGAUGACAAAAGUUUUCUUUAUGGAAAUGAUACAAUGGCAAGCCGAAAAAGGGGGGUUUAUGCAUUAUAGUCCCAAAACAUUACAUCAGUUUCUGGCAACCGCAGAAACCGACGCAGAAUCGGCAACACAAUCCUCAACUCUAGCUCCUGAACAGUCAAAUGAAGCAAGCUCUUCGGCUGCUACGAACAAAAAUGAGAGUACCACUACUACCGCAGAUGACUCGACGCUCAUGGCAGGGAGAGCUAGUUUGAAUAACGAUGAUAGCGCUAUCGCGUUGGAUGAAGACUCCCUGCUUCUUUCUGGAAGCAAGUACGCUGAAAUAACCGUUUCAGAUCCAGCGGAUGCUGAAGGAGAGGUCGUCGUUGUCUAG